AUGAAGCUCAUCGAUUGUGAAGUUAUUACCUUGGAAAGUUUGUGGGCAAAAGCGAAUCAGCCAAAUUUUUCAAGCUUAGUUUGGGAAGAACACCAUUGCAUUAUAUCUACUCAAGAGUCAGGCACAUGGGAAGCUUUUGCGAAACUAGAAAACAGGGAUAACAGUCAUGAAAAAGAGAACAAAAAUGCUCGAUAA